GCGGGAGCGGCCGAACCCCGCAGCCCUCCCCGGCCAUCCCGCCCGGCCCGGCCCCUCGGGAGCGCGGGGCAGCGCCGGGGGCGGCGGCGGCAUCACCAUGGUCGGGCCGGGCCGGCUGCUGCGGCUGCUGGCGCUGCUCGAGCUGCCCUGCUGCCUCCUGGAGCUGCUGCUCGGGGAGGCGGCCCGCGGGCAGGAGAUGUACGCGCCCCACUCCAUCCGCCUGGAGGGGGACAUCACCCUGGGCGGCCUCUUCCCCGUGCACGCCAAGGGCUCCUCCAGCUCGCCCUGCGGGGACAUCAAGAAGGAGAACGGCAUCCACAGGCUGGAGGCGAUGCUCUACGCGCUGGACCAGAUCAACAGCGACCCGGACCUGCUGCCCAACGUCACGCUGGGCGCCCGCAUCCUGGACACCUGCUCCCGGGACACCUACGCGCUGGAGCAGUCCCUCACCUUCGUGCAGGCGCUCAUCCAGAAGGACACCUCCGACGUGAGGUGCACGAACGGCGAGCCGCCCGUCUUCGUCAAGCCGGAGAAAGUAGUUGGAGUGAUCGGGGCGUCGGGAAGUUCCGUGUCCAUUAUGGUGGCCAACAUCCUCCGGCUCUUCCAGAUCCCACAAAUCAGUUAUGCCUCAACUGCACCAGAGUUGAGUGAUGACAGGCGCUAUGAUUUCUUCUCACGUGUGGUUCCUCCAGAUUCCUUCCAAGCACAAGCAAUGGUGGACAUUGUGAAAGCUUUGGGAUGGAAUUAUGUAUCCACUUUGGCAUCUGAAGGGAAUUAUGGAGAAAAAGGAGUCGAGUCCUUCAUGCAAAUUUCCAGAGAGGCAGGUGGGCUCUGCAUUGCCCAGUCCCUGAAGAUCCCCCAGGACCGCAAGGACAGGAGCAUCGACUUCGACAAGAUCAUCCGGCAGCUGCUGGAGACGCCCAACGCCAGGGCCGUCGUCAUCUUCGCCAACGAUGAGGACAUCAGGCAGAUCCUGGCGGCCGCCAAGAGGGCGGAUCAAGUGGGACAUUUCCUGUGGGUGGGCUCGGACACCUGGGGCUCCAAGGUGGGCCCGCUGCUGCAGCAGGAGGACGUCGCCGAGGGGGCCAUCACCAUCCUGCCCAAGAGAGCCACCAUCGAGGGGUUCGAUGCCUAUUUUACCUCCCGCACCCUGGAGAACAACAGGAGGAACGUGUGGUUUGCAGAGUACUGGGAGGAUAACUUCAACUGCAAGUUGACCAUCACUGGCUCAAAGAAGGAAGACACAGACAGGAAAUGCACAGGGCAGGAGCGCAUCGGGAAGGACUCCCCGUACGAGCAGGAGGGGAAGGUGCAGUUUGUCAUCGACGCCGUGUACGCCAUGGCCCACGCCCUGCACCACAUGAGCCGCGACCUGUGCGCCGACGGCGCCGGGCUCUGCCCCGACAUGGAGCACGCGGGGGGCAAGAAGCUGCUCAAGUACAUCCGCAGCGUGAACUUCAACGGCAGUGCUGGCACUCCAGUGAUGUUCAACAAGAACGGGGAUGCCCCAGGGCGCUACGACAUCUUCCAGUUCCACAGCACCAACACCAGCACUCCGGGCUACCGCCUCGUGGGCCAGUGGACAGACGACCUCCAGCUCAACGUGGAGGAGAUGCAGUGGGGCGGGGGCGUGCGGGAGGUGCCUCCCUCGGUGUGCAGCCUGCCCUGCAAGCCCGGCGAGAGGAAGAAGAUGGUGAAGGGGAUGCCCUGCUGCUGGCACUGCGAGCUGUGCGACGGGUACCAGUACCAGGCGGACGAGGUGACCUGCCUGCUCUGCUCCUACAACGAGCGGCCCAACGAGAACCGCACGGGCUGCCGCUCCAUCCCCAUCAUCAAGCUGGAGUGGCACUCGCCCUGGGCCGUCAUCCCCGUCUUCCUGGCCAUGCUGGGCAUCAUCGCCACCAUCUUCGUCAUGGCCACCUUCAUCAGGUACAACGACACGCCCAUCGUGCGCGCCUCGGGCCGUGAGCUCAGCUACGUCCUGCUGACCGGCAUCUUCCUGUGCUACAUCAUCACCUUCCUGAUGAUCGCCAAGCCCGACGUGGCCGUGUGCUCCUUCCGCAGGAUCUUCCUGGGGCUGGGCAUGUGCAUCAGCUACGCGGCCCUGCUGACCAAGACCAACCGCAUCUACCGCAUCUUCGAGCAGGGCAAGAAGUCGGUGACGGCGCCCAGGCUGAUCAGCCCCACGUCCCAGCUGGCCAUCACCUCCAGCCUCAUAUCGGUGCAGCUCCUGGGGGUCUUUAUUUGGUUUGCGGUUGACCCGCCCAACAUCAUCAUAGAUUAUGAUGAGCAGAAAACUAUGAACCCCGAUCAGGCCAGAGGAGUUCUCAAAUGUGACAUUACGGAUCUACAAAUCAUUUGUUCCUUGGGUUAUAGCAUUCUGCUAAUGGUGACGUGCACUGUGUAUGCCAUCAAGACUCGGGGUGUCCCAGAGAAUUUUAAUGAAGCCAAACCCAUUGGAUUCACUAUGUACACUACCUGUAUAGUAUGGCUUGCCUUCAUUCCAAUAUUUUUUGGCACUGCCCAGUCAGCUGAAAAGCUCUACAUACAAACCACCACACUCACCAUAUCCAUGAACCUCAGCGCGUCGGUGGCGCUGGGGAUGCUCUACAUGCCCAAGGUUUACAUCAUCAUCUUCCACCCCGAGCUCAACGUGCAGAAGCGCAAGCGCAGCUUCAAGGCGGUGGUGACGGCGGCCACCAUGUCCUCCCGGCUGUCCCACAAGCCCAGCGACCGCCCCAACGGCGAGGCCAAGACGGAGCUGUGCGAGAGCGUCGACCCCAACAACUGCAUACCACCAGUAAGAAAGAGUGUUCAAAAGUCUGUUACUUGGUACACUCUUCCACCUACUGUAUAGCUUUUGCCUGCUUUCCAAAAAGGAAAUUUGGAGGAAGAGUGAGCAGAUAUAGUUAGACCUCAUGGACCAGUCCCUCUCUUGCUUUUUUACCUGGUAAACUCUCAGUAGCUCUGAGUUCUCCCGUUGAUUAAUUUAUCAGUCCUUACAUCCUCUCAGGGAGACUCUGUCAAAUUUAUAAAUUGUAAUAUCAGGAAAAAGACAGGACUUUUGGCUCUCUUCUCUUCCAUCUAUUUCUAAUGACUCCCUUGCUCCCAGGCAGGGCAAAUGUCACCGUGCCAGGGCUCAGCUGGUGCUGUUCCCUCCCAGUCCCCGCUGUGCUCUCCUGAGCACCCACACCCUGCUCGGGGUCGGGGAUGGGAGCAGGGAAGACUUGUGGGAUUGGGAAAUGGAACCUGACAUUCUCACCUCGAUUCCACUGGAGUCCCUGGGAUUUCCCCAGCCUAGGACAUUGCAGGAUUUGGGGUCCUGUUUCCUUCCUCCCCGACCCAGGCACCAGGGAGCAGGACUUGUAUCUGGCAGCUUUUGGGAUGGGAAUUCUUUCCGUUGUUGCCACUGGCACAUCCCUUGAUGGCUCCAGCCUCUGGCCGAGGGGUUGUGUUUGUGUCACAGCCUGCACAGGGCUGCUUCUGCCUCCUUGUGUGCCUUUGGGGAUUCUACCCAAACCUUGAUAUAUUUUGUCACCUCGUGGCAAACAAAGCCAUGGGAGAUUGUGGGGCAGGGCUGGGGAAUGACGGCGCUGAUGGACUGGGGGAGUGGGAGCUCAGGGGCUGAGGCACAGCCCAGCACUCCUCUGCCACUGACAGAAAUCACCCUGGAAAGGAGGCAGAGAUUGUUUCCUGUUGACACGGAGAGCAAACAGAGAAUAUAUUUGUGCAGCAGGGGCCUGGGUUUGUUUGGGUUUUGGGGGCCAGGAAGCAGCAGCAAAUCAAAGCAGUGGCACAUCAGAAAUUGAGUUUUCUCGAUGUUUCUCUCUCGCAGGCACUGCUUUCACACCCAAAUUCUCUGGAAAACAUCACAGGGUGUUUGUUUCUCUUUACUGGCUUCAGGGAAGGAAAUGUGGGCAUCUCCCAGCAAUGUAUGGGACAUGUUAGAGGAGAGCAUCCUUAUGGUCAUGAAAAGAGGUGUUUUGACUUUGGAGUGAGAUUGUUUGUUUUCAACUCUGUCUGAUGGCAAGGAACAAAGGCAGGGGCGUAUUUUUUUGCCAUAGAGCAAAACAAAAAGGUAAGGGAAUUAGGUUAAAUACAUGUAACUGCUCAUGAAACGCAAUGGAGACACAUGAUAGGGAAGAAAGGCAUUCUGGGGUUUGGCUGAGUUACUCCUCUGUGACUCAGAGCUCUGGGUCUUACCUGGGAGCAGAGUCUGGCACUGCAUCCAGUGAGAUGUGUGUUCUUGCUGUUCAGUGGAAAAAGAAAUAAAAAGAUACAGUUGCCAUGGUUACAGCAUUUGUCACGAUGCUUAUCAUGUCCCUGGGAUAAAGAGCCCUGCAUUAAAUCUGGGCUCUUAUUAAUAUCAGCUGUUAAACAUUUCCAGGGUAUUUGAAAUCAAGACUUUCUGCUAAAAAAUUAAAUGUUGAUUGCAGCAAAAUUGGGCUGUUAAACAGUGCCGCUCAGAGUGUAAUUUUGUUAGACACUGUGUAACAGAAUCAUACACCAGGAAUACAUUUUCCAGGGAAUUUAGUCUCUUUGCACCUCAUGAACAUUCUUGAUUUUCCUGUUAGGAUGUUUGUUACUAGCAACUCUGCCAAGGAGUUGGAGCAGGCCAGCUGGCAGGAAGGGAGGGGAGUUCCUGGGUGUGAGUAAGAAAAUUAUGACUUGUCUGAUUACUGUGUAACCAUGGAAAGACUGGGAGAAUCGGGACUGUUCAGCUUGGAGGAGAGAAAGCUUCAGGGUGACCUAAUUGUGGCCUUCCAGGACCUGAAGGGGCUAUAAGAAAGAGGGAGAGAGACU